CCGCCGCCACAAUGAGUGCGGCGGAAGCUAUCGCGCAGGUCUAGAGCAGGGCCAGGGAACCUAGGGCACUGGUGUAGUGACUGUUUAGUGCCGGAGAGCUCAGGCUGCGACGCCCGACGCGGCCAAAGAAUUAUUUCUUCUUCUCCAAGAUGGGGUGUGGCUCAGUCGGUACGGACUUCUGGACGCCGUCGGGUCACCCGGGUCCUUGUAUCAAACGACCUCCCAUUCACCUUCUCCCUGGGGCGGUGUGCAGGGCAAUCAAACUGCCGAGGGAGCCGCUUCACCGAGCUAAGCCCCCUUAUUCGUUUUCUCCCCCUCCGGGUUUGUGCGGGCUGGGUACAAGAAGUUGGGUGGGGGCUGCUGCUGCUUGUAUUUGGACUUGCGAGGAGCCAUCCCAACCCCAGGCACGGAUUCUGCUCCUCGGUAGUGGUAGGGAGCCCUUCCUUGUUAGUAGCCUCUCAUCGGGAACUGGACCAUUCAGAGCGAUUAUGAGUCACAAAGCCCCAGCGCCUUGGGGGGCCUCCUUCCUUAGGCGGGGUGACGCCCGAGGGGCCCCCACCCCGAGGUGAGGUGACGCCCGUGGUCACUUCACAAGGCUGAAAUUGUUACCUGGGCAAUAAAAGGCACCGCGGCGGAGGGGGCCGAGGAGUGGGCACAUGGGGGUGCAGGUGUGCAGGUGCCAAGCACCAUGGGUUAGGCCCGAGAUUGGAGUCCGGCCGCCCCCCGACAGCAGCCGCCUCCUGCUCCCCGCGCGCCCUAGGCGCCAUGUCGGGCGACAAACUUCUGAGCGAGCUCGGCUAUAAACUGGGCCGCACAAUAGGUGAGGGAAGUUACUCCAAGGUGAAGGUGGCCACAUCGAAGAAGUACAAGGGCACGGUGGCCAUUAAGGUGGUGGACCGGCGGCGCGCACCGCCAGACUUCGUCAACAAGUUCCUGCCGCGCGAGCUGUCCAUCCUUCGAGGCGUGCGGCACCCGCACAUUGUGCACGUCUUCGAGUUCAUUGAGGUGUGCAACGGGAAGCUGUACAUCGUGAUGGAGGCAGCCGCCACUGACCUGCUGCAGGCCGUGCAGCGCAACGGGCGCAUCCCCGGGGGGCAGGCACGUGACCUCUUCGCACAGAUAGCCGGUGCCGUGCGCUACUUGCACGACCACCACCUGGUGCACCGCGACCUCAAGUGCGAAAACGUGUUGCUGAGCCCUGACGAGCGCCGCGUCAAGCUCACUGACUUUGGCUUUGGCCGCCAGGCCCAUGGCUACCCUGACCUGAGCACCACCUACUGCGGCUCGGCAGCCUACGCAUCGCCUGAGGUUCUCCUGGGCAUCCCCUAUGACCCCAAGAAGUACGAUGUGUGGAGCCUAGGCGUCGUGCUCUACGUCAUGGUCACCGGAUGCAUGCCCUUCGACGACUCAGACAUCGCUGGCCUGCCAAGGCGCCAGAAGCGCGGCGUCCUCUACCCCAACGGCCUCGAGCUGUCUGAGCGUUGCAAGGCCCUGAUUACGGAAUUGCUGCAGUUCAGCCCGUCGGCUAGACCUUCGGCGGGCCAGGUAGCGCGCAACGGCUGGCUGCGCGCUGGAGACUCCGGCUAAAAGCCGGGGUCCCCCCCCCCCCCCCAAUUCCCGUCUCCCCAAGCACUGCGCAAGCGCGGCGCACGCUCUGUUUCCAGAGUCCUGCGAAGCCGCCGUGCGCCAAUCAUCCUUUCCCCGUUUUCCUCUUCCUCGACCGCGGGGCCGCGAUCGCCCCGGUUUCGAAUAUAGUUUCUCCUGCACGAUUUGAAGAGCAGGAGAGCGCAUGCGCAUCCUCGAUUCCCUGCAAAAAGGCCCCGGGAAGGGGCGGGACCAGAGGAUGCACAAGCAUUGCGCCUGCGCGGAAUGAGCGGCGGUUGUGCAGCCGGAGGUGGCUGCCUUGAGCAGCUGCCCGCGAGGGCAAGCACCGGGAAUACGUCGGUUCUCGGCUUGUGCCUGAGGCGGUCGCGGGACGGCACCCUCAGGGCGCCACCCUGGUUGUAACUUGCAAUAAACUCGCUCUGUGUCGCACCUGGGCUCUAGCGACGACCACCUUUUAUGGAGUGGGGUGAGGGGGUCUCUCCCCGGAAGGCAGGCGCGGGCGCUCCAUUUUACAGAAAGGUGUGUGAGGGUUCUUGCUACAGUUCUCAAAAGGGAGUUGGGAGGAUUGAAACUCAGACCACUUGCCGUUCCCCUCCCAUCCUUGGAAGAGCCAGAGGGGCUUUAGGGUCAUCCCCGGCGUCCUGAUGGUCCUGGGAAUGGAGAUGCUGGGCUGGGCAGCAAGGGCCCAGCAUCUUUCUAGUGUUUCAGAAGGUGCGGUGUUGACGUCAACUGAGCGUUCACAGACAAGGAAAUUAAGGCCCACAUGUAUGUCACGUGCCCCAGAACACAGCUGGGAUUUGAACCCAGAUAUGGCUGAAGUAAGGUUGGGAAGGUGGUGGAACCUCUUAGUGAGGGCCCUUCCUUAGGCUAAUGGUGUGGGGAGUUAAAGGUGUGGCAUAAGUCUGUCGGGCAAGUUGAUUCGUUCAGUCAUCAUUCAUGCAUUUAUUGAAUGCCUGCUUUGUACCAAACUUUCGGACUUAGCAGAGAGGCUUAGAUUCAUCUCUGCCCUCAGUAAGGGGGCAAGUGAAAAGUAAAAAGUUGCAUGGAAAUCUUUUAAAAAUUGUCAGUUGUGCUAAAUGCUUGGUUGGGGGUGACACCAGAGGGACUGAAGGAGAUAUCUGAGUGGAACUCUGAAGGAAUCAACACUGGAAACAGCAGGAAGUGUUUCUUGAGUUCCCAAACAGGAUGGAGCUGGUGUGUUUGAGUAAUGCCAGGAAGCUCCUGUGGCUGGAAUGGAGAGGUAAAGGUGUAUUGUCUGGAGAGGGGACCGCACAUGACCUGAAGGAGUGUGGGGGUUAUUUUGCUACAAUGAGAUUACUGGUAUGGGAAGUGUCUCCCUAAGUCUUAAUUCUACCUGCUCCACCUGAGGCCCAUGACCAAUCUCUAAGGAGGCUGGUCAGCUUGUGGGUUUCACCAUGUCCCACCCUUGCUCACUCAUCAUCCUCCAUGGCUCUCAGGCACCUGGGGAUUAAGUGUCAGCUCUCCUCUCAUCCCUUUAAAUGGGCUGUGGCCCCACAGGCUGAGAGAGGGGAAGUGCCUUGCCUCUUAGUCCUGGCUUGUUCCUAUCUGAACUGAGACAGAAAACCCAACCCUUUGAUUUGCCCCAGAAAGGUGCCUUUCCUGACCUGGACCAUACCUCAGGCUCUGCACCUGGAAAACGGUGUCAGGAACUCAACCUUGCAGUUGUUGGAAGGGUUGGCACUGCACUCAGAAUAAAAGUCACAUCCUCACCCCUAUUUCCCACCUUGGCCUUACCUCUGAGACUUUUUACUGACUGUUCCCACUCCCAGCAAUGUUUCUCCUUUUCAUUCAAGACUUUGCCCACCAAGCUUACCUCCUCUGUCACUAUUCUUUUUUCCUUAAUACUCACUUGAUAUGUUUAUUGAUUUUAGAGAAAGAGGAAGAGAGAGAAACAUCAAUCAGUCUGAACCCACAACUCAAGCAAAUGUCCUGAUGGGGAAUCAAACCAGCGACCUUUUGCUUUGUGGGACGACACCCAGCCAACUGAGCCACACCAGUCAUGAUUGUCACUCUUUUCUUCACCUCUUUGCCCUUGUCACAGGUUUGAUCCAAUGCCUGGGGUGCAGCACAUGCUUAUUUCUGCCCUUCACUAGUGAAUCUGUAUGAGCAAUGAGCCAAGGUAUCCUCCCACCCCAUGGCCAUGGCUUGGUUUAGGGAGGGACAAAGUCUCAGAACCAGGUGUGAGUGUCCCAUUUAUUAGCUGGAGAAACUGAGACUCACCCCCUGGGUCUGCCAAGAAGCCUGUGGCUGAAUCAGCAAAGACUCACUUGAAGGCUGAGUGCAAAGCCCCUGAGAAAGCACCCCAUAAGUGCGCUUCUUGCAGCCAGCGUUAGAGCAUAGGUAGACUGGUUUGGGUUUAAUUUCUGUCAGCUCUGUGCCUGCCCAGGUGAAACCAAGCUGGCUGUUGGAGAAGGCAGUUAGCACUCACUGCGAGAGGCAAGAAUGCCUUAAUAACAAAA